AUGCCGAGACCUUUUAUUGUAGUUUUCCUUUAUUCGUGCUUAAUCGUCUUUUUUGCUGCAUCUAAGAAAAAUAUACCGGAUGUCACACAAAAUUUGUACGACUCCGAGUUGGAUACCAGAGAGGGCUCAGUGGCCUAUCAAUGCGGACAGGCGCCUCUUCUGGGAGCCCAAGAGUCCGCAUUGCGAAUUGUAGGAGGAGAACCUGUUUCUGAACGAGGACUUUACCCUUUCGUGGUCAACAUUAAGAUGGGUUGGACCCAUGUGUGCGGUGGAGCACUGUACGACAAAGAUACAGUCAUUACUGCUGCUCAUUGCUUCGAUAUUGCCACAAACACCAGAAAAAUACAGUUGUUCUUUGCUGAUUUGGACCAAAAGAAAGGUUACAAAAUUGAGAAAGGGCAGGUGAAAAGAUACGUGAAAACGGUAAUCAAACAUCCGAUGUUCGGCAAAGAAGGCUGGAACUCGAAUGACAUCGCGAUUAUAAAACUGAAACAAGCGGUUCCCUUUAACGACAUGAUACAGCCUAUUUGCCUGCCCAGUGUUAGUGUUCAGGGGGGCGAAAAAGCAAUAACAAUGGGAUGGGGAAACACAUUGGAUGGCGGGAAUGCAAACAUCUUGAAUUGGGUCGAGGUUCCCGUGAUUCCAACAGAAACAUGCAAAUUGUGGAUGGGAAAAAUUGUUUUGGAUGGCAUGCUCUGUGCCGGAUAUGAAACGGGAUCCAAAGACGCCUGCUAUGGAGACUCCGGAAGUCCUCUGGUGCUGAGGAAUGCAAACGGAUUCUUCGAACUCAUCGGAAUUGUAUCGUGGGGUAUCGGAUGCGCAGAGACAAGAAAACCGGGAGUUUACACUAAUGUAACUCGCUAUUCCAACUGGAUCAGAGAGGCUUCUGGUGAACUGCAAUACUGA